AUGGAGCUAGUUCACUCUUCUGCUAUUGCCACAAGUGGAGUUAUUUACCUUCGUGUCCUCGUUCGCUACGGAAAUCAUAUCAUUUCCUGGGAGGAACGAAGCAUCGGAAAAGUUUUUGCUCACAUAUUUGAAACCUUGGAUUCCCUCAUCUUUAUUCACGAAGAUUGCUGCAUUUCCAAAGCUAAACCCCUGCAGCCGAGCCAAUCCGAGAGAUUAUUUAAGAAUCAUCUCAAGAGUGCCUCUUUUCUGGAUCCUCUGAUUUUCGAGGGGCAGUUUAACCUAGACUGCAAUCCUAAGGAUUCCGGUCUUCGAGCCGAGAUCAAAUCACCUCGAAAACUUCCAUAUGGAGUCCACAGGUUAAACGUAGAUGCCUUCUUUUCUAUCACUUCGGAUGUUCUGAAAGGCGGUCUCUUUGAACACCUUCAAGAUGAAGUUCGCACCUACCUGAAAGCCUAUCAUGAUGCUUUGAAGGCUAUUUUGCUGAAAGAGAAUGCAAUUCCACCCAGCCUGACGGCGUAUUAUUUCCGGUAUGAGGAUCAAUUGAUUCGAAUAUUUUAUCCGCCCGUCUGUAAGGACGAAGUAAAGUUGAGGGAAGACAUUCAUAGGGGUCUUGGGUUACCUCAGAAACCUAUACUGCGACGCGGCCUGGCUCUUUUCCCCACUCAGGGCUUCAGACGCCUUCUCGGCCCCAACGAGGAGAACCUCGUAUCGCCUCAUCUCUUACUUCCUACAUCCAACCUCGGCUCUGAUGUUCGUUGUGAGGUCAUCCGCGGAAGGUAUACUUAUAAACAUUAUCUGCAAGAUGGCUUGGAUGACAAGAACUGGGGCUGCGCCUAUCGUUCGCUGCAGACACUGGCCUCGUGGCUGCUGUGGCAAGGCAUAGUGGCACCGCUGCGGCCGCUACCCUCUCAUCGAGAAAUUCAGGAGGCUCUCGUUCGUGUAGGUGACAAACCUCCAAAAUUCGUUGGCUCGCGACAGUGGAUUGGCUCCUUAGAGGUAAGCUUCGGCUUACAGGAGCUCUACGGCGUACAGUGCCGCUUGUUGCCUGUGCCGCGGGGUCGCGACUUUGCAGCUGUUGCUGCGUCAGUACUGGCAGAGCACUUUGCGUCGGGCGGUGGACCGGUGAUGGUGGGUGGCGGAGACCUGGCACACACCAUUAUUGGCGUGCAGGUUGCUACCGACUUCUCCAUUGCCUCUGCGGCUGGAACUGCCCGAAAUCGUUUUCUGGUCCUCGACCCGCACUACACCGGUCAGCCGGCUCAUGUGGGGACUAUCCUCGGCAAGGGCUGGGUGGCCUGGAAAGGGGAAAACUUCUGGCAGAGUGAGGUCCCCUAUAACCUCUGCCUUCUCCCACCCCCUGUCAAUGUAAACAGCGUAUAA